UUUCCGUGGUCACCGUGAGAUCUGUUCGCCGUUUGUUUCCUGCUACAGAGAAGAGCGGCGUCGAGACUGACCAGGAAGGCUGAUACCACCACCACCUCCUCGAAUAACCACAGCAUACAAUGAAACUGUUAACAAUAUCUCCAUCUCUGGAUAUCCGUUUCGCCGCUGUUAUACUGCUGGUGAUGGGCCUCUCUACUCCAGGGCAAGCAGAAAUCGUCAGUUUGGACUCAUCCAACAUCGAUGAUGUCCUAAAUAAUGCUGGGGUAGCAUUAGUCAACUUUUAUGCUGACUGGUGUAGAUUUAGUCAGAUGCUCCAUCCGAUUUUUGAGGAGGCAUCAAACAUCGUGAGGGAGGAGUUCCCUGAUACCAAGCAGGUGGUGUUUGCUCGGGUCGACUGUGACCAGCAUUCCGACAUAGCUCAGCGCUACCGCAUCACCAAGUAUCCCACGCUGAAGUUGUUCCGCAAUGGGAUGAUGAUGAAGAGGGAGUACAGGGGUCAGAGGUCAGUGACCGCCAUUGCUGACUUUAUCCGCCAGCAACAAGUCGACCCGGUGAAGGAGGUACAUUCUAUGGAGGAGGUCAAUACUAUAGAUAGAAGCAAAAGAAACAUUAUUGGAUACUUUGAAAAGAAGGACUCUGAUAACUAUCACACAUAUGAAAAAGUUGCCAACAUCCUCAGAGACGACUGCACCUUCUUAGCGGCGUUUGAUGCUGUGUCACAGCCCGAGCGCUUUAGCGGAGACAACAUAAUUUACAAACCUAUGGGCGAGGGUGUUCCUGACCUGGUCUACCUCGGCUCCCUCACCAACUUUGAUCUGACAUACGCUUGGGCGCAGGACAAGUGCGUCCCUCUAGUUAGGGAGAUCACCUUUGAAAACGGAGAGGAGCUGACUGAAGAAGGACUUCCCUUCCUCAUCCUCUUCCAUCUUAAUGAAGACUCAGACAGUUUAGAAAAGUUCCAAAAUGAAGUUACACGUCAGCUCAUCAGUGAGAAAGGGUCUAUAAACUUCCUUCAUGCUGACUGUGAUAAGUUCCGCCAUCCUCUGCUCCACAUCCAGAAAACACCUGCUGACUGUCCCGUCAUUGCCAUAGACUCGUUCAGGCACAUGUAUGUCUUCCCUGAUUUCCAAGACCUUGCUGUUUCUGGGAAGCUAAAACAGUUUGUUUUGGAUCUUCACUCUGGAAAGCUUCACAGAGAGUUCCACCACGGUCCUGACCCCACAGACAGCACGCCUGGACAGGAGGAAACCGGCAAAGAAGUGGCCAGCAAUCCUCCAGAGAGCUCAUUCCAGAAGCUCGCACCGAGCGAGACCCGCUACACCAUCCUCGGACGGGACCGCGACGAGCUGUGACCUAAACAGCCUUCCAGGGAUCCUGAGAUUCAAUGCCAUGCCCCGGGGUCAGGGAGGGGGUUAGGGUUGGGACAUUUCAGCGGGACAGAAGAGUAAAACCCAACACCUUUACUGAAGAAAUGGAUAAGGAGAAGAAGGAAGACGGAAAGGUUAAGAAACAAAGAACAUGAUGCAGAGGAGGGGAGAGAGAAAGAGCAGUCCACAACAAUGUUGGAGUAACCUAUAUUUUCAUAACUCUUUAACAUUCAGUUUUUAUUUUGAUUUAAGAGGACGGGAAAUAAAGAAGAAAAUGUGUGUGGGCAUGGGGUUGGGGCAUUUAGGGCAUAAAGAGAAGUGUACUUUUAUUUCUUUGGAGGUUGUAAAUAUGUUUGUGCUAUGUUGGAAUCACAAUGUUGAUCUAACUUAAAGAGUUUGCUUUAUUUUAUUCAGUCUUUAUCUCAUCACGUCAUUUUUCAGUCCUGAGCAACAAACUGUCCUCACUCCAGCUGUGCGGUUCUUGUCUGUGGGUUUGUUCAGUUGAGUCCGUCUCCUUACAAGAUGCCCUUGUAAUCUCAUUAACCUCAUAGCUGCUUCUCAACAUGACCAUCUCCUGUCUAAUUCAUUUGUGGAGCACAUGUUAAAAAAUGAUGCCUGUUUAAAGUAGCUUUACUUCAAUGUCUUCUCACCACACAGACGUUAAAAGACCUUUUCCUCAGACGGAGCUACAACAUCCUGUUGGGAUAUGCCCCUUCUCUCUCUGGUACUGUUUGUAUUCUGGCUAUGGAUAAUGAUGUCUCUUUAAAUGCUUAUGGGACUACUCCAUGGAUAUUUUUGUUGUAGUUUUGAUAAUAUGGUGCCACAGUGGAUCUUGUUUAUAUAUUUCUGUCAUUAGUAAUAAGACAAUUCCUGAAAAACACGAUAAAAAGAUUUUUAACCUUAAUUUCUGCUACAGCCCUUUCACAGAGCCUCAGAAAAAUAGUCAGAAAUUAUUUUAUUUGAACUUGAAAGAGCCUCAUUUUGUUGCACAGUCUGAGAGGCGACAAAUUCACCGCAAAGAAAGACCCGAGUUGUUUUCAAAUGAGCCAGAGAACGAUUAAAAAAAUGUUCCUGAGCGAUUUGCAUCAACAUCGUCAUGAAUUUAUGUAACUCUUGUUUUUGUUGUCUGCUUGUCUUCAUGCUGGGGGAGAAAACACUACGACUCUUCAGUGUUUUAAGGGGGAAAACCCAAAUGGUGGAAAUGAAGCCUGCCACUUUGUUUCAAGUUUUUUUUCCCCUAAAACCUCUUUUUUGUCUCAUAUACGUCUUUAAGGUUUUCGUACAAUUCUCGAUUUCUGAGAAUCAAGACGUUGGAUUUGGACGUGUUUGGGACUCAUUGGUGUUGUGUGUGUCCUGCCCUUCAAUAUAGGACCUGCAUAGUAACAUAUCAGCCCACAUACAAAGCCACAACGGGGGGAGUCUGAUGCCAUUUUUUUAAUUGCUCAUCUCAGAGGUGAAGAACAAAAAAGAGAUAAAAAGAAAUAAAAAAACAUUUUACAGA